AUGGCAGCCAAGCAACUAAGCAACCACUACCUCCGCCUCCUCAACCGCUGGCCCGUCGACCGUCUACGCCCGGCAGACCGCCACUUCCAAAAGCUCCUUCAAACUCGUCUGGAGCAAUCGAAGACAUCACCAAACACCGACACUCAUGAAGUCAAUGCAGCGUACCUUCUUCUCGAUAACACAUUCACAAAACAGUUUCCACUACCCAAAGCCAUGAUGAAUCCAGCCAGCGCGCCGGACAUGUAUAUCAACCUGGCCAAGGAGCUGGAGGAAGCGCCUGAUCGGACGUGGUGGGGCAACUUUUCCAAACGUAUGAAGAAUAUGAUUAGGAUGAAGUAG